AUGUCGGAAAAUCCUGGACAUGAAAAGAGAGAACAGUCAACCGCUGACUCCAAGUCAAGCGUGGAGGAGAUACUACGACAGCUCACUUCUUCGGCAGAAGCCGUCAAAAAACAUCGCGACGACUCCAAGCUUGAUAGAGCUAGACGAAACCUAGAUGAGGCCAUUGAGGAUAUAUUCAAACGUCCAGACGAACCAAAGGAUGAGAAAGGGAAAUAG